UUGAACCAGCACUUUCUGACCAUACACAUAUCUACUCGAAGACCAGACAUUGUUAUAAGAUGCUACAAAGACAGCAUAUUCCAAGGACCUCCAGUGCCUUUCACCAAAUACCUGCAAUCUCUCACGAGCACAGAGAAGUCCAGCACUGAGGGGAGGAGAUGGGGAGUGAGAAAUUACCACACCGUUUUCUUAUUCAUUGCAUUUGGCUUGGAGUGAUGGGAGUUGAUGCCUCGUCAUGGACUGCUGAGGUGCCCAGCUCAGUCUCCGGCCUAUAUGGCUCAUGCAUCGUGAUUCCCUGCUCAUUCAACUACCCAGAACCAAAGAUAAAGCCCUUUGAACUCACUGGCAUCUGGUUCAAAGGCGCUUAUGAGGUUAUAUACCACCCAGACAGCUCCAGCGUCAUCAAAGACUACAAGGGUCGUACAGAGCUGGUGGGAGACCUCCGGCAGAAUAACUGCUCACUCAGAAUCGACCCCCUCCAUCACAGUGACAAAGGACCAUUUACUUUCAGGCUUGAAAUCAAAGAUCAUAGCAAAGCUUCAUACAAAGAUGACACAGUCUCCAUUGCAGUGAGCAGCUCUCCAGACCCCCCCUCUCUGUCAGUGAGGGAGGAGGUGAAGGUGGGGGAGGAGGUAUCUGCCUCCUGCUCUGUGUCUCACUCCUGCCCAUCUGAUCCCCCUCUCCUCACCUGGAGCCACUCUGGAACACCCAGCAUCCAAUCACAGCAGCAGACCAACGGCCAGUGGGAAGUGACAUCAUCCCUGACUAUUAGAUCCACCAUCGCUGAUAACAACCAGUCUCUGGUCUGCACAGCAGCGUACAGGGGAGGGAAGACAGUGAGAAGCUCCAAGACGCUAAAUGUAAAAUAUGCCCCAGUGGACGUGAAGGUGGAGGGAGUGUCCAGUGUGAAGGAAGGAGACUCUGUAGAGCUGAGAUGCUCCAGUGACAGUAACCCUGCUGUCCACAGCUACCGAUGGCACAACAGCAGAGGGCCUCUGCCCACCACGGGACCUACCAUCACACUGGAGAAUGUGACCAGACUCACUGAAGCCCUCUACUGCACUGCCAUCAACACAGAGGGACUAGGCCAAUCCAGCCCACUGAAGCUCAGUGUAGAGUACCCCCCUGUGAUCAAAGUGGGCUCUGCCUGCACUUCAGAUAGCUCCAUGAUAACUUGUCUGUGCAUUGUGGAUUCGGAGCCCCCCGGCACUGUGGAGUGGUCUCUUCCAGCAGGACUCUUGCCCAGUACCAGGGUAGAGAUGCAUGGGUCAGUUACCAUGGUGACCCUACAGAGGGCACUAGGCUUCUCAGAGACCGUCCACUGCAAUGCCAGCAACACACAGGGCAAUGCCACCUUGUCCUUCACUGUGCCCACAAAUGAUAAGAUGUUCAUGCUGUACGUUUCAAUUGGUAUUGCUGCAUUAGUGGUGGUAGUAAUACUAAUUAUCAUGUCAGCUUGCCUGUCGACCAAGAAGGGUGGGAGGAGUCAUAGUAACCAGCCAAUAACCAGUAUGCAGGACAUGGAUGCAGCAAAGGGUGCUUCCUCAGAUCCCUCACCAUCUAGGAAAGAGCAGAAAGACUCCAGCAGUGAAAUCCACACAAACUACUACACCAACGAUCAGCUAUACAGCAACAUAGAGGCUGAAGAGGAUGGUGACCCAUUCGAGUGUGAUGGUGGAGAUGAUGGAGUCUAUGCUAACGUGUGAACACAACAGGAAGCAUGUGGGAGUCUGGCUCAGAGGUUCCAGUAAAAUAUUAACAUUUUAACCUAAUGUAGCUGAGCUGGCGACUGCUUAUAUUUGUUAGCUAUAUGGUUCUCAUGGCUAAAGAAUAUGGUACAUUCUUAUUUGGGUUGCGGCUUUGUGUUAUGGAUGUUACAAGGCUUUUGUUUUUAUCUAUGGCUUGGGUGAUUCAGAAUGAACCUGAUAUGGAUGGCUAUACAGUUAUAAUAUUCGAGAAGUAAAUAUAUAUGAUUGUCUUUGAAAAAACAGUCACCAGUAAUCCACUUAUGUGUAACUGACACUCAGGUCAGCACAGUGCUUCUGUGGUCCCCUUGAAUGUACAGGCAGAUACAGUAUAGUGUCAUUUGUCAAAACAGGCCAGAUUGAGAUAUACUGUAUGUACUUGAGAUGUAGAAUUAUAAACUAAAGUACCUUGAAAAUCUGCUUCAGAUUAAAUAUGAACAUGUGUAAUUUUUCAACAACAGCAUAGAUCAAAUUAAAAAACGAUGUGUUUCAUUG